AUUUUAGGAGUAAAUUAGGGCCUUAUAUAAACAUGGGUGCUGUGGAUGCUCAAGUAAGGCUGGAAUUGCAAAAAGAAUUUGAUGAAAUUCAAAAAGUCCAGAAGGAAAUUCAAAAAUCAGCAGAACUGCAGAAAAAGCUUGAUUCUCAAUUAAACCAGAAUACUGUUGUGAAAGAUGAAUUGGAAUUCUUGGAGCCGGAAUCGAAUGUCUACAAGCUGACUGGUCCUGUUCUUGUCAAGCAAGAUUUAGGUGAAGCUAAAGGCACUGUGUCGAAACGUAUUGAAUAUAUAAGCGCUGAAAUAAAGCGUCAGGAAACUUUAGUUGCAGACCUUGAAAAGCAGUUAAACAAACAUAAAGAAAGUGUUUCAAAAAUUCAAGCAAAAGCAACUGCAGUUGCUCAUUGAAUAAUGUGUUAUAUUGUUUCUUUUGUGUCAACUUAGAAACUUGUGUUUAUGUAUUGCAUGCACAAUCUGGGUAUAUGUAGAUGCUGAUAUAAAAGUGAUCAGUUUGAAAGUUUUACAAGUUGGAAGCUUAAGAGCAUUGUAAUAUUACUUUUGUAAAUUUAAUGUAUUUUUGUAUUAGUUUAUUCGGAUCUUCAGUUACAUAUAUUUAUUUUAAAAGCUAGUUCUUUAAAUCUGUUUAACUCGCUAAAAAAAUCAAAUUUCAAGUUUAUUGUUUUUAAGUACAUUAACCAUACAUGCAAUAUGCUAUGUUCAGUUCUGUAGUAUAUACCAUUAGGGAAGAUGAGACACCUUUAGCACAUAAUAUUCAAAUAUCCUGAUCGUGUUUUAAACAAUUAACAAUGGUCUGUGGGAGCGUUGGAAAACCGUUUUACAAAUCUUUGUUUACUACCAAAUGGGACGAGAAAAUAAAAUAAAAAGGUGUCCCAUCUUCUCCCACCGUACCUCAUACAAUUUAAACUAAUUUAAGUAUUAACGAAAUUACAGACACCAUGAUUAUGUGGUGUUGUCGUGUAUAAUAGAGAAACAGAAUUCUGUGUAA